UUACGGCUCUACAUCAGUUAUCAAUUAUUUGCUCAACAAGAGACUACAGUACUACAUUAUACUCUUAAUUCACCUGUAUAGUAACAAUAUAUAUAAUAUUAUAUACUAAAUAACUAGCAAAUUUAACUACACUCGCCACAAAAAAAUGAACACCAACACUGUGUCACUGUUUGCGCUGGUCGCCUGCUGCAUGGUCACUAUGUCCGUUACCGCCCCGUCCGGUUUGAUCUCUGUGCCCUUAGCCUCAGCACCUGUUGUGGCCUCCCCUGUCCAACCAGUGGUCACCGCUUACAGUUCGCAGUACGUGGCCAGAAAUUACAAUGGAAUUGCCGUUUCACCCGCUGUAGCUCCUCCCGCGGCCAUCGUCGCCUACCCUGCCGCAGCCCCAGCUCCCAUCUACGCACCCGCUGGACUCACCUACCCAGGGCCCCUGGUUCAAGACUAUCUUUUUUAAAGAGAACUCUCUCUUUUAACAAAUAUAUUGUAAAUAAUAUUGAUAAUAAAUAAUAAUGUCAAUUUGUUUAUUGAUCAUUCAAAAAAAAAAUUAAAUACAUUUAUUUUAUGAAUAAUGA